UGACAGAUUCAUUAAAUUCUAUUAAUUCCCCGGUUAACAACCGUGAACUUCUUCAAGCCACGGUUCAAGGCUUGGGACAUGAAUAUGAGUCUGUUAUUACUUCGGUCACGCUAUUCCCGGACAGCUUCACUUUUGAUUCUUUGCGCCCACAAUUAAUGGCACUUGAGCAGCGUGCUCUUUACCUUCGUUCCCAGAAUCUUCAUCCCGACCAUCAAGCAUUUGUCGCUCAGGAGCAGGCCGCUGCUGUUCGCCCUCCAGUUCGAGGGGGUGGUCCAUCGCGUGGGAACGGUGGACGUGGCUAUCGUGGAAGUCGCGGCCGUGGCACCCGCGGUCGCGGUAGAGGCUAUGGUGCCCAGCAGGGGCCUGGAUAUGGCAGCCAGCAGGGGGCUGCGUAUGGCGGGCAGCAGGCUCCUCCAGCUCACGGCCAGCAGGGGUGGCAGCAGGGACCUCCUCGGGGUCAUGCACCGGCUGGAUUUCCAGGAUUUCCUCCUGUUGAGAAUAAUUAUCACAAUCCUCCUCCACCUGUUGUAUGUCAAUUGUGUUAUUCUCCUGGCCACUCCGCCAUCACAUGUCCUCGUUUUACUAAUCCAUCUACACCAGCUCUGGCGGCUAUUCCCACAGGUGAAACAAAUGCGUCUGUCUGGUAUCCUGACUCAGGUGCCUCUGCUCAUAUGACCCCGCAUGAAGGACAAUCACACGGGAGCCAUUCUUCUCCGGGCAUCCAAUAAAGACUCCGUAUAUCCCUUUAGAGCAUCUCGGCCGUCACCACCUUCUCUAGCUUUCCAGACUACGCUUGUUUCGGGUCCAGUCUGGCACAACCGUCUUGGCCAUUGUGGGGAUCGUGUUUUAUCUUCUCUUAGGACAAAUAAAUUAAUUUCUAGUACUAGCUCGUUUUCGCACGACUGUGUUUCAUGUAAACUGGGCAAGUCCCACCGCCUUCCCUUUCAUGAUGUUACUCAUACUGUUAAUUCUCC